AUGUCACCCAACACAGCCCACAUCGUGCAGAUCUCAAUUAUACCUCUUCCUUCUUUUACUUGCCCACUCGAAUUUUCUACUUUCCACAUUCUCCAUCUCAAAAAUACUUUCAAUAUACCCAAGAACACCUCCUUUCUUUGGUUACCUACACACACCCUCACUAUGGGAAAAGAGAACUUCAUCCGACAAAUUGAGAACUCGGUUGAGUUCAAAUUCCUCGAUAAAGUACUAAAGGAAGAAGUCACGGCACAAGAUGCAGUCCAAGACGUCAUCAACAUGACCAUGAGUGCAUUGUCCAUUCAUAAUCCAGACAAACAUAACGGGAUCGGUCUCCCAGACUACAACGUCUCUCUUGCGGUAAUGGAGCUCGCUCAACGCCUGGAACCACCCAAGCACACCAGGCUUGUUGAGUUUAUAUGUCAUCUCCAGAAGAAAGCUCCUCUUGAUCCAUGUACGAGCGAACACCUGAAGGUCCAGGGCGAUACCCUCUGGACAGAUAUGCCGUCGUUCGGCUAUACGGAGCUUGAGACGUGGUACGAGUUUGGUGGCGAUUACAAAGACCCAUGUGAUGGAGCUCUAGAUUCUAAGCAACGAGAACGAUGGGUGAAUCUCAACGCUUUCCUCGCGCAGCUCACUCAGGCUGCAGAAAUUCACUAUCCACUUCCCAAUGAAGAAGUGCGAUACUUCGCCCUGGAUAAAUCACUGCGAGCAAUCUGGAAUAUGGCAAUGGCACUUGAGAACGAGGACCCUCCUGCAUCGCUGGGAGAUACGGCGGUGAUGGAGGCCACUUGUCAGUGGUUUAUCUACGCUGCGGGCCGACUGUGGGCGAAUGUGCUCAAUAGGCGCACGUAUCCUGGGGCGGCUGGCGCUGGGCCAGGGAAGAGAUACGGAGAGAAGGGCUGGACGGGCUAUACCGAGGAGCGAUGGGGAAUCUGGGAAGAGGCACUGGAUGAGGCUAGGGCUCAAUGUCAAGAUGAGCGGAUGGCAAAGCUCAUUGAUGAUGCUUUGGCGAGUCUGAGGAGGGCAAUGGUGAAUGAAUAG